AUGGACUUGAAGUUCUUGAAAUGGCAACUGCUUCGUGGGCCACUGAUGAGGCGUGUGGUGUUGAGGGCAGUUAUGCUUGUACUGGCUGUGAUUGUUCUUUCUUUGAUGCAAAUGGGCCGUGAGGUUCAAGUAAUCGGGCCAAUUAUGUCCAACAUUGAUCAAUGCCCUUUGAAUUUGGACUCGAACCCGGAUCUAAAUCUCACUAGUUUCUUGAAUUCGGCCCCGAGUUUCCCGUUUCCGUUUUUCGGAGCUUCUGACAUGGCGUGCAAGGAAAGUGAGAACUUGACUAAAGCUGUGUUUAAAGAGUUGAUGGCCAAGAACUUGUUGCAUUCGAAUGCAAGAGCGCUGUAUGUCGGGGAGGGAUCUUCCUCCGCUGUUUUAGCAUUGCGCAAUUUGGGAUUGCUUGAUCCGUUUGGUGUUGACAAGCACCCAUAUUUCUCCCUUCUCAAGAGGAGGUUCGUGUAUGAGCUUAACUUUGAGGAUAAUCAUUUUGAUUUUGUGUUCUCAGAAGAUCUUGAUAGGGUCUCAGUUCCAGCUCUCCUGGUGCUGGAAAUUGAGCGUGUGCUUCGUCCAGGUGGGACCGGUGUUAUGCUCGUGGGAACCUGUAGGUUUUACUCGGACGGCUUGGUUAAGUCAGCCACUCCUGUUGCAUCAUUCUUGAAGAGCUCUGACGUUAUUCAUUUAUGCGGUGUUGGAUCUUUCUCUCUUGUUAUAUUUAAGAAGAGACUUGAAACUUUCGCUUCCUUUGAGCAUUUUCAACUUCCGGCUAAUUGCCCAUCAAUUGCAAAGAAUAAGCCAUUCAUGAAGUACAUUGAGCCUCUCACAGAAAAAUCGUCGGGGUGGUUUGAGCCGGAACUUUCUUAUCUCCCUAAGUUCAUGAAUAUUUCCUCAAGAAACAAAUUGGUUUAUAUCAACAUCGGUGCAGGGGAAUUUGCAAAGACAAGCGUUGCAAAAAUGUCGAAGCUCUAUUGUGCCAACCACCGAGCAGCAUUCAGUGUGUUUGUUAUUGAUCAUAAAACCUCAGUCCUCUCAUCCUAUGUGACGGAUCCUGGUAUCAACUUUGUCUAUCAUCCAGAUCUUGCUGGAGAUACUGCUGGUCCAGAAAUCAGCUCCAAUGAGCAUUUCACAGCACCAAUGGAUGACGAAGGAUUCGAAUUUGUUAGUUGGUUCAAUGAAACUGUAUCUGGUGAAGAUUUUGUUAUCCUUAUGAUGAACGCAAAGUUGGUGGAGCUAAACAUUCUUGCCGAACUGUUUAAAACUGGAUCAAUAUGCCAUGUGGACGAACUCUUCCUCCGCUGCUCGGAUGCUGCAGACUGCAAAACAAACAUGUGCUGGAACUGCAUGAACGUCUUCAAAAGUCUCAGAAGGAGCGGCGUGUAUGUCCACCGGUGGAAUGGAGAUUGA